UUUUGUGCGAAACCCUUAAGGCGGUUUCUCAUUCUUCUCUGUUUCCAGCCGACAGGAAGAAGGAAAGCCUCUUCUUCAGGUCGCUAUACGUUUCUGCUGGGAUUACGGCUUCCUUUUCUUUUCUUCUCUAGUUUCUGAAUUAACACUUCUUCGUCACAACACAAGUCUCUGCUUCUUGAACAGCCCCAGGAAGCUCAAGCGCAAGCUCAUCCUUUUAUUGUAGCAGAUAUUGAUUGUUAUUUUGUAGGGUCUGGCUUUGUGACCAUGGGAAUGGAAGUGCAAAAUCACAAAGUAGAAUCUCAUGAGAUGGGCAGUAUUAGUGAUUCUGAACUAGUCUACCAUGUAAAGGAAACACUUAGAGCUGUACCGUUGGGUGAUCGUCACAAUUAUGAAUUGCUUGUUGCUGUUAUGCACCUUGAGAGCGAUAGGGAUGUGCUUGAGCCAAGUUUGAGGGCACUAUCUUGUGCAGUUUCUUAUUUAGACAUUGUUCACCAUGAGGCUCUUCUCACUUCUAUUUUUAAUACGAACAUGUGGGCCUAUGAACCUUAUGAGAUGGAUGCUCUGAUGGCCCUGAUUAUAUCCUUGGCUGCUUCAAACGGAAAAUAUGUUGAUUCAUGUUUAACCAUGCUUGUCACCAAUUUUACACCCCCACGUACUAAAGAUGAUAAAUCAUAUAGUAUCGGGAAAAAAAACCAGGUCAUUCCUCGGGUUCAUGCAGCCUUGAAAAAUAUAACUGAUUUGGUACCCCUUGCCCCAUUGAGAUUAUCACCCAUCGUUUUACAGGGAUUGCCAACAGUUCAUAAUAAGCACGAUUCCCUGAAGAUGAUUGUAAUAUAUGUGGAGAACAUGCUAGAGUUGGAGAAGGGUGAACUGGGGGAACUUGUUAGAUGCCCAAUGCUAAUGGCGCUGGUGGAUAGGCUGAUAGAUUUGGAUGUGGAGAUUGGAUGGGACGACAAUUCACAUGAUGACUCUGGUAAAGGCAUUUUUGAAAUGGAUUUGGAAGAUACGGAAGAGGCAGCAUGUCAUGCUGAACAAGACAUAGAUAAGCUUCCAAAAGGAUCUUUAAGUUGGAAGAGUGGAAAAGAACAAAUAGCUGCUGAGUUAUUAGAUCAGUUGAUGGUGCUAACUUUUGAGCAUCUCAAAUCAUGUCAAAGUGAGGGCCGUUUGAUUGAGGUAUUUGACAUUCUUCUCCAGUCGUUCCAGAUAACUGUUCUGAAUGCAUACAAGUCGAAAUUUGCUCAGUUCGUGAUGUUUUAUGCAUGCGCACUAGAUCCUGAAAAUUGUGGUGUGAGAUUUAGCACUAUGUUGGCAGGUCUAUUUGUUAGUGGUGUCCACUCUCAACUCACCAGGAUGAGUGCUGUGUCUUAUCUUGCUAGUUUCUUGUCUCGUGCAAAGUUUUUGUCAGCCUCUUUUGUUAUAAGAUUCUUAAAAAGAUUGGUCGAUUGGUGUUUGGAGUAUUGCAAAGUCCAUGGUGGUGACAUUAACCCAAAAGCGCAUAGAGUGUUUUAUUCAGGAUGCCAGGCCAUUAUGUAUGUGCUCUGCUUUCGAAUGAGAUCGAUAAUGGAUAUUCCUCGGCUUAAAUCUCAGCUUCUUCUCAUGCCACUAGAGACAAUUCUGAAGCAUGAAUUGAACCCAUUUAAGGUUUGCCUACCAUCGGUAGUGUGUGAGUUUCUCAGGCAGUCUAAAGCUGCUCAUCUGUUCACUGUCUCUAAAACCUUCAUCUUUAAUGACCUUCUGGAGUCAGAACUCUCCAGGGCAUUUGGUGGCCUGGAAAGGCUGGAUAUGUUCUUCCCAUUUGACCCAUGUUUGCUAAAGAAAUGUGACAGUUAUAUCCGACCAAACUUCGUGUACUGGUCAAUGGUUAGAACUACAUAUCAUGAUGAUGACGAAGUUGAUAGCAGUGAAGAAGAUGUUGAUGAAGAUUUUGUAGAUGGGAAAGGGGAUGAUGUUAUGGAGGAUGGGAUGAGGAGCGACGAGGAGGAAGACCCUGAUGAUGACGAAUUUGACUAUAAUGCAUUAAGCAAAAUGUCCAUAACACCAAAGAAUUGUGUUGGUUUGAUGGUCCAAUAGAAGAGAAAACUCAUCGUUCUAACGAGAAGAGUAACAGCCUAUUAUUUUUUGCAGAACUGCAUUUUAAAUGAGGGGGGCUUUGAUUGUAUUCUAUCCUAAGUUACGUUAAUUAUUCAACUUUAUUGUAAAAUUAAUUCCAAAGUUGAUAAUUUUAUUCACUACUAUGUACUUGUGGUAAGGUUGGUAGGUUCAUCAAUGAUUCUCAAGCCAUUUGAAUAUAAGUGAAAAUGUUAU